AUGCAGCAGAAUGGCUCCCCGCGUGCGGGCUCGGGCACCAGAACGGGGCUCAGUAAUGCGCCAGCGCAGGAGUAUCUUGACCCCACCUACCCAGUCCCGCGGCCCCCGCCGGCCGCGUAUGUGCCGCCGGCCGGGUGCCCUGCACCCUGGUUCCUCGUCGUUCUCUCCUUCUCCAUCGCCAUUGCCGGUGACCAGUACGACCGCGUCGCGGCCGUCUGGCUCGACGGCGCCGAGCUCCUCCGCACCACCACAGCCGAGCCCACCCCCGACGGCGUCCGCUGGACCGUCCGCAAGGACGUCACCCGCUACUCCGGGCUGCUCCGGUCCCCGCCCGGCGGCGUGCUUUCUGUCAUGCUGGAGAACCUCGUCAAUGACCUGUACACCGGUGUAUACAACAUCAGCGUGUCCCUCGAGUUCCAUGGCGCCCCUGCUUACCUCGUCGACGCGGGGUCCUCCACAGCUGCAGGCUCUACGGACCCCGGCCAGGCGACACCAAAACUGCCGGCAUCGUACUUCCAGCCGGCAGACCUGAUCCUGCCAAUCUCGGAGGGCACGGGCAACAUCAGUGGCUUCUGGUUCCGCAUCCAGAAUUCGUCCGAUUCACGGUCCAAGCUUGUGAGCAUUCCAUCGAACACCUACCGCACAGUCCUAGAGGUCUUCGUGUCCCCGCACUCAAAUGACGAGUUCUGGUAUUCCAACCCGCCGGGCCUCUACAUCCGCGAGAACAACCUCACCACCGGGCGGGGCAACGCCGCGUACCGCGAGGUCGUCGUGAGCGUGGACCGACACUUCGCCGGCUCGUUCGUCCCGUUCCCCGUGAUCUACACGGGCGGCAUCAACCCACUGUUCUGGCAGCCGGUGGUGGCGCUGGGCGCCUUCGACCUCCCGACCUACGACGUCGAGCUGACCCCGUUCCUGGGGCUCCUGGUCGACGGCAAGGCGCACGAGAUCGUCCUAAGCGUAGUGGACGGCAUCGCCGAGUGGCUCGUUGACGCCAACCUGCACCUGUGGCUGGACCCCGCUUCGUCGAAUGUGUCGGCCGCGCUCAGCCGGUACACGACACCGCGUCUGUCCAUCUCCCGCCGGUACUACACCCGGCGACCCCUGGACGGGAGGUUCGAGAUCCGUGCCAAGAGGAAGUCCCGGUUCAGCGGGUGGGUGAAUUCGUCGUUCGGCAACUUCACAACGGACGUGGAGACGGAGCUGGAGGCGACAAGCCUGGUGGAGUUCACUAGCCAGGGCAGGAACAAGACGACACGGAAGGAGGUCGGCAAGGUGGAGACGGAGGCCAAGUACCCGCUGUGGCUAGAGAUGGUGACGGAGGACGGCGAGAAUGGCACCUACGUGAUGCGGGCGAACCUAAUGCACUCCCUGAGCGUCGAGACAGACGCCGAGGCCGAGGGGCUGUUUGAUGGCGAGACGAAGGUGGUGGACGAGCAGGCCGCCGUGGGGUGGAUGCUCGUCAGAGACCACGACGUGCUCGACGGGUCCGCGGCCACGACGCAGGCGUACAGGACAAAAACACAGAUUGAGGUGAAUGAGGACAAGGAACAUGAAGCUAGCUCCAUCAGCUUUGUCAGGAUCCAGAUUAAACAGGUUUCACCUUUCACAACAAAACUAGAUAAUGCUAACUCAAUUGAUGUUCAACGCAAAUAUGAUGAAUGGGUGGUGGACUAUCGCUAUUAUAAUUUGCAGAACUUAGAAAAGGACCUGGCAAUUAGGGCCAAGUGGGGAAGCAACCAGCAUCCUGUAAUAUCUGAAUUUGAUAUGAGCAAAGGUGGGGAAAGGAAAAUAGUGGAUGUUAAAGAUUUGUCUGUUGCCUUCUCCGAAAGACUGAUCGAUAAGAAGAUGUUUCUAUAUGUUGAUGUGGAAGAGAAACCUGUAAAAUUGGUUGCAACCUCAGUUGUUUCAGAAGCAACAGAAAUCUUGAGCAAUGUGGUUAAUGAUAAUAAUAGUGCACCAGUGCAAUCAAGCUUUGAGCCUGCUGCUGAACAUGGAAUUGAUUGGGAUAAUUUAGAGAUAAUUCCACUUAUAGAAGAUCAGAUUGGUAGCGCGGUCCCUUUGAUGAGUGAAGAUGCAAUGGAGUGGCAAGUCUCGGGGAAACCAUACCCACAUGCAUUAGCACUCAUUACUACAUGUCGAAAUCCUAAGAUGCAAGAUUACAUGCAUCCUUACUAUUCAGUUUAUCAUUUUAGGAUUGCCUAUGGUGGUGUCAUUAAACCAUUGCCGGACAAAACUCAGUGGGCAAAAGUGAAUCUUGGUUUUAGGGUGCUGCCACCUCUAUCUAAAUUGCCAGUAGGGAGACUAAGGAAGCUUAGAAUUCCUGGCUGCAUGGAAGAUAAGGGAAACAAGAAAAGGACCAAAGGCAAGUGGCGGGUACAAUGCAAGACUUGCUUUGCUUAUGGGCAUAGAACUGGAUCCCCAAAGUGCCCGCUUACUAGAACUAAAAAGAGGAAGAGUCGUGCCAAGCAAGGGAGGCCUUGUAAUCCAGUUGCCUCCAGUAAAGGAGAUGCAACUACUGGUACACCUAAAAGGCAAAAGGUUGAUGCGCAGGAAAGUUCAACUCCUAUGCCAGUUACAAGAAGCCAACUGCAAUUAACCAUGGAGAAUAUGAGAGAGACAAGUCAUGUCAAUAUUAACCCAGGACCUAUUACAAGAAGUCAAAUUGGUGGAGCAACAGAUCCUAUGACUACCCCAACUAGGCCAAAGAAGUCUCCAACAAAGAGAGCUAUCAACAAAAAGCUGACUCCAAGGAAGGGGAAAAUGAUGGAUAAUCUGGACAGAAUCUGUAUAAGAUUUCACUUUGGUGGUACUUUUACCACCGUGGGAGGCGCUCUGUUCUAUGUUGGUGGAGACAUUGCUGAAUCCUGGAUAGAUGUGGACAGGCUUUCGUUUUUUGAAAUCAAGGGCCACCUAACUGAUCACUAUAAUCCAAGUGUCUUGAGGUUGUACUGGUUGAAGCCUGGGAUGCAUAUAAAUAAUGGCCUUGUGUUGUUGUUAGAUGAUGAUUCCUGCCAGGUCAUGGCUUCUUAUCACAGUGAUGGUAGUUGUGUUGACAUGUAUGUUGAGGAGGUGGCUAUGGAGAUCAAUGCAGAUGAUCAGGACAUAUGGCUUGGUGAUGAUGAGGGAGGAGAUGAAGCAAAUGAUCAAGAUAUGCCUGCUGAUGUAAUGCAAAGCUCACUGAUGGAUGACAAAGAUUACCAAUCUUACAUGGCAUUCUACAAGUCACCUUCAAAGGACUCAGACAAAGGAAAAAGGGCUGCAGUUACAGAAGAUGAAGAAGACUGUGUGCAGAUGUCAUCUGAUGAUACAUGUGAUGAAGAGUACAAGCAGCCAUCAGAGGAGGACAGCUCUGCAGAUGAUGAAGAGGCAAUUGAAUUAAGAAAUUAUGCAAGGCAGAUUAAGAGAAACAUCAGAGCAAAGAAGCUAGGCUUCGGUUGCCUCCAAGUCCAUGGUGGUGGCGCGGCGGCGAGGAAGGAGGGGGUGGCAGGAGGUUCUUCUCCAUCCAUGGGUCUGGCGUGGGAGGGUGCGGGUCCGAUGACGGGGGACGCCGUCUUGGACGGCCUCAUGGAGGUCUUCCCGCAGGUUGACUUCUCGACACUGAUAGAAGUUUCCAUACAGUUCAAGGAUGACAUUGAUGCGGCUGCAGAUUAUAUUGUCCAGAAUGUCGUCCCAAAUAUUGUCCAAGAGCCCAGUCAUCCAAACAUAAAUGAGGAUUUGAAUAUUCAUGGAAAUCAGCAGGCAUUUGAUAACACAAAUACUCACUUAGGGCUUGAUUCGUUUGAUAACAAAACAAGUUCAAAUUCUGUACAGUUUGACCUGUCCAACAAAACCUCAGUUGAACAGGAAGAUAUCCUCACUGGAUUAUGUCCUAAAGUUUUUGAUGUUCCAUCAACAUCUGGUCAGAACUGCACAUCUGAAGAGUCCAGUUCCGGUUCUCUGAUGCAGCACACCUAUUCCGAGAGAAACCCUGAGCUUUCAUCCUCUGGAGGUCAUAUGUCACUGCAUGAUGAUGCUUCCUCUCAUGUGACUGUACAAUCAAGCAAUUUUCUUAACCUCGAGUCUCUUGAUAAUAUUAUUGCCAAUGAACAUUACAAAAAGAAUGCUCUGAUGUCAAAUGUCGUUGCAAUAAGUGAAAUGCUACAGGUGGUAGAGCUAAAUGAAGAAAACACAAAACGUGCUAUUUCAGAAGCAAGCCAAGCUGGUAAUGACCUUCUUGUAAAGGUUGAGGAACUAAAAGAGAUGACAACUCUUGCAGUUGAAGAAAACAACAAGGUGGAAGGGGAGAUUUUGGCUGAAAAAUCUUUUCUUGCAGCAGAAGCACAGGAGCUUCAAUGUCUGUUGUCCAACAUUUCUGAAGAAACAAAGAGUUUUGUGCUGGCUAUCGAUAAGAUGCAAGAUACUCUUCAAAGGAGACUUGUUGCUGCAGAAGCAGAAAGAGCUGCUGCUGAGAAGGCAAAACUAGAAAGAGAAGCAUCCGCUCAGAAAAGUCUUGAUGAACAGGAAUUCCUACUCGAAGCAGCAAAGAACAAGUCGAAGAGGCUGGAACAGGAAGCACAGGAGAACGCAAAGCUGAGAGAGUUACUGACAGAGCGAGGACAUGUUGUGGAUGCAUUGCAUGGGGAAAUGCUUGGAAUCUUUGAUAGCAUAACAAAGCUUAAGCUAAGAGUGGAUAUUCAGAUUCCUGUUGAUGAAGAAUGGCAACAUAUUUCAUUGAGAUUGUCUAAGUCUAACUUGGCUGUUGAAGAGCCAGUGCAACAAGUUCCAUUUGUUUCAGCUAGCUCAGCUCUUGAUGAACAAUUGCAACAAACUCCAUUGAUCUCGUCAAGGUCUACUGUUGAUGAAACAGUGCAACAAAUUCCACCAGUCUUGUCUUGCUCGGCUUCUGAUGAACAACUGCAAGUAAUUUCACCGAUCCUGUCUAGCUCCACUUUUGAUGAACCGCAGCAACUAGUUUCACCGAGAUUGUCUAGCUUGGUGAGAUCAGCAAGAUCCGACAGCAGUUUGGCUGAAUCAUUAGCGUCUAAAAGCAACUGGUUAUCUGCUGUGGAAUCUAGGAUUGAUGAUGUUUCUUAUACCAGUUUUGGCUUAGACGAUAGUUGGGAUGUAGUCGAUGACGAUGACGAGACAAUGGAGUCCCCAGCUAGCAUACCUAUGCUGCUCUAG